GAUUUAUUCAUUUUCUCGCUGCCGGCCGCCUUCAUCUUCUUCUUCAUCUUCCUUCCCCGUCGACGCUAUAAUCUUCAUUGUUCGCGACUUCAACUUCCUGUUCUCCAACCUCAUCCUCUUCCUCUUCUCCAACAUUGACGUCGUUUUCGUCUUCGCGCACUGAACGUAUCUUGUCUAGUGCUUUGGAAACCACGACGGUGGCCGGCGAUGGUCUUUGCACGAGUGGUGGCAAUGCAAGUCGGGGCUCGGAACGGAAGUUCUGUUUGUCUCUAAUCUAUCGCCGUCGCAGCUUGGGUGGAUUCCUAUUGUCAAAUAAGUGGUCUACGGGAUGAUUGGUGGCAGUGCUUUGCAGAAUUAGGGUUGUAGGCUUGGGUUGGCGCCAUUAAUUUGGUGCACAGUGAAUCCACGCUAACGCAUUCAGCGCACGCCGAGCUCGCUCUCUGCGACUGGCUAUUCGAAAUCCUUCUCAGCUUAUCUGUUCCGGCAGCAAAAUGAAUUUGCAUUUCUGAAGGGGUGACGGGCGAUGAAUUCCACUUCAUCUCUUCAGAAUACCCAUCUGUUCAACCUUCCAUUUCGCCGCUGCCCAAAACCCAGACGCAGAAUUAAACCCACAGCGGCUCCAAUUCCCAGAAAUUCCUCAUUCUUUGUCAAUUCUUUCUCAUGUCCGCUUCGUGUUUCAGCCGGCCGGUGCUCGGCGGUGGAUACCAAGGGAAAUGGCAACAAGCGCAUAAUCCAAUUUAACGAUUUUACGCCACGCGACGAUGGAAACGAAGUGCAUGAGGCUGUGAAGACAGUAACGUAUGCAUUGUGCUGCGUUGUUUUUGGGUUUCUCUGUCCGUUUUUUGGAUUGAAGAAACCCGCUCUAGCGACGGUUACUUCUGCCCGGUCUGCAGCGGCUACCGAAUCAGCUUCAGCUAAAGAGAAUGGGGAAAAGGGGCACCAGUAUUCGGGAUAUACCAAGAGGUUAUUGGAGGUUGUUUCGAGGCUGCUUAAGACAACCGAGGAGGCAAAGAAGGCAGGGGAGGAGGAUUUUGCGGUGAACGUGGAGGAGGGGUUGAAAGAGGUGAAAAAGACUAGGGAGGCAUUGCAAGAAGAAUUAAUGAAUGGUUUGUAUGCUGAGAUGAGGGCGUUAAGGAGGGAAAAAGAUGAGCUGGCGAGCCGCUCGCAGGAGAUUGUGAACAGAUUGUCGAAGAUGAAGAAGGAUGAAGACAAUUUGAUGAAGAAAACAAAAGGCAGCGACAAUGACAAGCUUAAGAGAUUAAGAGAGGAGAAGAAGAAAUUGGAGACUGAGUAUCCGGAGCUCUGGGAGAGGAUUGAUGAGAUUGAGGAUAUAAUAGCAAGGAAAGAAACUGUUGCAUUAAACGUUGGUGUGAGGGAGCUUUUAUUAAUUGAGAGAGAGUGUGAAGCUUUUGUUGAGGAGUUCUUGAAGGACAGGAGGGCGCGUGCUCAGAGUUAUUCAGGACGCCCUGUUACCAAGCUCUCUAAGGAUGAGAUUCAGAUGGAAUUGCAGGAUGCUGAUAGAAGGUUGAAGGAGCAAAUAGUAUUAACUAAUGUUUUGGGAAGUGAGGAAUUGGACUCUGCCUCUAGUCAUUAUCCAACUGCUUUUGCCCUUCGGAUACAACAAGCACUUAGGAAUUCAAGAGAGAUGCAAAAGAACCUGGAAGGUCAAAUCAGGAAGUCUAUGAAAAAACAUGGCGAGGAGAGACGUUUUAUCACUGUCACACCUCCAGAUGAAGUUAUCAAGGGCUAUCCAGAUAUUGAGCUGAAGUGGAUGUUUGGGAAGAAGGAGAUAGUGGUGCCUAAAGCUGCAAGAAACUACUUAUUUCAUGGUUGGAAGAAAUGGCGGGAGGAUGCUAAGAUGGAUCUUAAAAGAAGUAUUCUGGAAAAUCCUGAAUUUGGUAAAAAGUAUAUGGAUGAAAGACAGCAACAUAUUCUUCGGGAUCGGGAUAGACUGGCAUCAAGAACCUGGUAUAAUGAGGAAAGAGACAGGUGGGAAAUGGAUCCAAUAGCAGUUCCGUAUGCAGUAUCAAAGAAGAUUGUGGAGAGUGCUAGAAUAAGGCAUGAUUGGGCUGCCAUGUACCUCAAACUUAAGGGGAAUGACAGGGAAUACUUCAUGAACAUCAGAGAGUUUGACAUGCUAUUUGAAGAUUUCGGGGGUUUUGAUGCCUUGUAUAUGAGAAUGAUUGCAGCUGGUGUUCCCACUGUAACACAGCUGAUGUGGAUUCCAUUUUCUGAAUUGAACAUCAGCCAGCAAUUUCGCGUUAUAGUGAAAAUGUGUCGCUGGUGUCUUACUGAGUUGUGGAGGAAUAUCUAUGUUGAUCGUGCAAGAAGAUGGUUACUUAGGAAAAUAAGAAAUAUUAAUGAUGAUCUAAUGAUGAUGAUUGUUUUCCCUUUUGUGGAGUUUGUGAUUCCUUAUCAGGUGAGACUGAGUUUGGGUAUGGCAUGGCCAGAGUAUUAUGAUGCAUCAAUUGGUUCAAAUUGGUAUUUGAAGUGGCAAUCUGAGGCUGAAAUAAACUUCAAAUCAAGGAAGACAGACCAAUUUCAGUGGUAUUUUUGGUUUUUGGUCAGAACUGCCAUAUAUGGAUAUGUACUAUUUCAUGUAUUCCGAUUUCUGAAGAGAAGGAUUCCAAGAAUUCUUGGUUUCGGGCCUUUUAGAAGAGAUCCCAACAUCAUGAAGUUACGGAGAUUGAAAUAUUAUUUCAACUUUCGGAUGAAUGCUAUCAAGCGUAAGCAAAUGGAUGGUGUUGAUCCAAUAACCACUGCUUUUGAUCAUAUGAAGAGAAUAAAAAAUCCUCCGAUACGUUUGAAAGAUUUUGCAAGUGUCGAAUCUAUGAGAGAAGAAAUUAAUGAAGUUGUGGAAUUUUUACGAAAUCCUAAUGUAUUUAAAGAAAUGGGAGCACGUGCACCACGCGGUGUUCUCAUUGUUGGUGAGAGAGGAACUGGUAAAACAUCCCUAGCAAUGGCCAUAGCAGCAGAAGCAAGGGUUCCUUUAGUUGAAAUAAAAGCUCAACAACUGGAAGCUGGUCUUUGGGUGGGGCAAAGUGCAUCAAAUGUCAGAGAAUUGUUUCAAACAGCACGUGAUCUGGCUCCUGUAAUUAUUUUUGUUGAAGAUUUUGAUCUCUUCGCUGGUGUCCGUGGCAAGUUCAUUCACACCAAAAACCAAGAUCACGAGGCUUUCAUUAAUCAACUUCUAGUAGAGCUUGAUGGGUUUGAGAAACAAGAUGGGGUGGUUUUGAUGGCUACUACUAGAAAUCUUAAGCAAAUUGAUGAGGCAUUGCAGCGUCCUGGAAGAAUGGAUAGAAUAUUUCAUCUUCAAAGACCAACACAAGCUGAAAGAGAGAGAAUCCUUAAAUUUGCCGCCAAAGAAACUAUGGAUCAGGAUCUUAUCAACUUUGUUGAUUGGCCAAAGGUUGCUGAAAAGACAGCUCUUCUUCGGCCUAUAGAAUUAAAACUUGUCCCUAUGUCCUUGGAAGGUACUGCCUUCAGGAGAAAGUUUGUUGACACUGAUGAACUCAUGACCUACUGCAGUUGGUUUGCUACCUUCAGCAGUGUAAUUCCUAAUUGGGUGAGGAAAACAGGAACUUACAAGAAAAUAAGCAAGAUGCUGGUCAGUCACCUUGGCCUAACAUUGACAAAAGAAGAUCUGCAGCAUGUUGUUGACCUGAUGGAACCAUAUGGCCAAAUAACCAAUGGAAUAGAAUUUAUGAAUCCACCUCUUGAUUGGACCAGGGAAACAAAAUUUCCCCAUGCCGUCUGGGCUGCUGGUCGUAGUCUGAUGGCUCAUCUAUUACCAAAUUAUGAUGUUGUUGAUCAUCUAUGGCUUGAACCUACUUCUUGGGAGGGAAUAGGAUGCACGAAGAUAACCAAGGCUCGGAAUGAAGAUGCAAUGAAUGGCAAUGUUGAGACACGAGCAUACCUUGAAAAGAAGCUUGUGUUCUGUUUUGGCUCUCAUGUUGCGUCUCAGCUACUGCUUCCAUUUGGGGAAGAAAAUAUUCUUUCUUCUUUUGAGCUAAGGGAGGCACAAGAGAUAGCUACCAGGAUGGUUAUUCAAUAUGGUUGGGCGCCUGACGAUAGCCCAACAAUCUAUCACCAUGGAAAAGCGGCAUCGGCUCUGAGUAUGGGAGACAACUUUGAAUAUGAGAUGGCUGUCAAAGUUGAACAAAUGUAUAACUUAGCAUAUGAUAAGGCAAGAAUGCUACUACAGAGAAAUAAGUCAGUCCUGGAGAAAAUCGUGGAGGAACUAAUGGAACACGAAAUUUUGACUGGGAAGGAGUUGCAUAGAAUUUUUGCAGAGAACGGUGGAGUUAGAGAAAAAGAACCAUUUUUCCUUUCCAAUGCAGAUUAUGAAGAGCCGGCAUUUGGAAGCUCUCUCAACGGAAACACCCCGGAAAUCGCUCUCUUGAACUCAACAAAUUAGGGGCUGUUACUAAGCUGUGCAUCACUAUCUACGUGCUUCAGAUUUGGAUAGUUCAAUCAGCAUGAGGAUGAUUGUGAAUGAGAAGAGGCACUUAAUUUUUCCUUCUCAAAAAAGGUAUAAUUUUACAAUUUCUGUGCAUUUUGCUAAUUUAGAUAUUUCACUGUUGGUCUUGUAACUAAAUUAGGGGUAAGUUAAUUAAUUGAUACACUUCUCUUCCCAUGAA